UUGCUCAUCCCAUCGCAACUCAACACCCUACUCCAGACCGACAAGUUCGUCAAGUACCACUUUGUGCUGUUGGGCUGUGAUGUCGUCAAGCUCGAGUCCUACCGGAGGUUCAAGCACUUGUUGUCUAUCGGAGGAGGAGGAAUCAUCAAGGAAGUAGUGUUCGACUUGACCUCGUUCAUCCGCAAGGAAUUGACCGACUCGUCGCUGGAAUCGUCGAGAAAGUUGAAGGACUUUUUGACUUCCAACUCCACCAUAUUGAACAGCGAGGAUGCCUUGAUCUUUUCCGACCACCACUUGGCCCUAAGAAACUGGUUGUAUAUCAUCUUUGGCUACUUGGCUCUGUCGUAUAGAGAACAAGAGGUGGACAGGUUCUUGGACAAGAUCAUCGACAUGUACUUGGAUUCCCGCAGCAUGCGCGGAUUGCGUGCUCGUGGUGCCCUGAGAAUCGCUGAUUCCAGAGACAAGCAGGUGCUUGACUUGAUCAAGGAAUACUAUGAAAACGUUGCCAUACGACACGAUUUGCUUUACCCAGAUUCCGCAACUCCCCUGGUUCAAGUUCUUACACAUGACGAAAAGGUAUUUCUUCCUCCAUUGCCCAAGAUCCAUGACAAGGAGUUACUUGUCAAGGCUCUUAUGCACAAAGAGUACUACAGAAUGCUCUUGACCUCAACUCAUCCCUUUGCUGGCAAAUUGACUGAGUUGGGCUUCGAUUUGGACCACAGAAACUACACCCUGUUGAAGUACGAGCUUUCGUUCUUGGAUGGCUUGGGUGAUCUCUUUCUUGCUCACGAGUCGUCCAAGCUAAUCUACGAACUCUGUAGAGACGGGACAAUGGCUGUCAGUAACAACACCUACCAUAUGUUGCGUACAAUCUUGGCUACUAACACUUUAUUGUCGAAGUUGACUGUGGCCUAUAACCUUCAUAAAGGUUUAGACGAUGCUAUAAUAGCUUAUAGAUUGGAGUCCGACUAUCUCUUGAACUUGCAUACUGGUAACUUGCACCCAGAUAUGGAUGCUAACGAGACUAGAAUCUAUGAAGAGGAAUUCCUUGGAGACUACUUUGAGUCUUAUAUGGGAGCAUUAGUCAUUGAGCAGCCAGAUGUAGCUGAAGCUUUCAUAGGUGACAUAUACAACCGUAUUUUGCUUGUGAUAACCAAGGUACUCCCUCCGGAUGUGUCCUACAGAAUAUGGACCACAGGAAUCUUGGGGAGAAACUUGCAUCACAAGUAA